UUAUCUUUUGCUGCCAGCAUGUCAGCCAACGGCGACGCCUCAAAGCCCCCGACAAUUCUUGAAAAAAUCUACGCACAGCGACAGAAAGAUGUAGAGCAAUCCAAAGCGACUCCUGGCACUCGUCCGGAUGAACUCAAAGCAUACCUCGAGAUGAACCUCGCGCCUCCACUCAUUCCACUCGUCCCCCGUCUAAAAUCAAACCCGUCGACAUCUUCGGCGAACCCUUCGCUCUCUCUAAUGGCCGAGAUCAAACGCGCGAGCCCGUCGAAGGGUGAAAUUGCGAUGACGGUGAACCCGGCCAAGCAAGCGCUCAUCUACGCGCAAUCGGGUGCUUCGGUCAUUUCGGUCUUAACCGAACCUACGUGGUUUAAAGGCUCCUUGCUUGAUAUGCGGCUUGUACGACAAGCGGUGGACACGUUACCAAACCGACCUGCGAUCCUUAGGAAGGAGUUUAUCUUUGAUGAAUACCAAAUUGCGGAAGCGAGGCUACAUGGAGCGGACACCGUACUUCUGAUCGUGGCAAUGUUGACGCAGGAACAGUUGAAGAGGCUUUACGACUAUUCUGUUUCGUUGGGCAUGGAACCACUUGUGGAGGUGAACAAUCCGAGCGAGAUGGCGAGGGCAUUAGAACUGGGUGCGAAAGUGAUCGGAGUGAAUAACAGGAACUUGCACGACUUUAACGUGGAUUUGGGAACGACAAGCCGGUUGGUGGAUAUGGUGCGGGAGAAGGAUAUCGUUCUGUGUGCGCUGAGCGGUAUUUCAGGCCCGAAGGAUAUCAGGGUAUAUAAAGAACAAGGUGUUAAUGCAGUGUUGGUAGGUGAGGCACUUAUGCGGGCUGCAGACACGGGAGUAUUCAUUAGAGAGCUACUUGAGUGGCCAUCGACCUAAAGCCUACAACAGGAGGUAUCUGCUGCCUAAUGUUGCCAGUUGUGGUUGUACAAAGACAUGUUGUUUUGCAUAACACUCGUAUGUUUGAAAUAAAUGAUAGACUGUAUAUUUUAUGGGUAGUUGA